CGUAGAUUUGGUUUUCUGUCGAGUAAAUACUCCAAAUCAAAGCUUUGCUGGGCAAAGUUUGAUUGAAGCGUUACGCGAAAUGUCGGCCCAUGACCAGGUUCGAGCUAUGCUCGACGAGUUGAUGGGAACUAGUCGAGAUGGGCCUUGUCCUAUGCAGCGUUUUCGAGAUAUAAUGAAAGGCAGUUGGCGUCAGUUGGAGCUGUGAUGCGUCUCGGUGCCAGAUGAAGUUUGAUGACCCAAGAGUAUGUAAGAGUUUUCUGCUGAGCUGCUGUCCACAUGACAUUUUGUCAAGCACGAGGAUGGACCUGGGAGACUGCCCGAAGUAUCAUGAUGUAGCAUUGAGAGCAGACUUUGAGACCGCAUCAAAGAAAAAGGACUACUUCUACGACAUUGACGCCAUGGAGCAUCUGCAGAGCUUCAUCAACGAGUGUGACCGCAAGACGGAGCUGUACAAACGGCGCCUCAAAGAGACACAGGAGGAGCUCAGUGAGGAGGCUAACUCCAAGGCUGAGUCAAUUCAUGGGCUGGGAGAGGAUAUUGGGACCAAGCUGGCCAGGGCAGAGGCCCUCGGAGCGGAGGGAAACGUUGAGGAAUCCAUGAAACUCAUGAAUGAGGUUGAGGAACUCAAGAAGAAAAAGGCUCUCUCAGAGCAUGAUUACAAGAACUCAAUGCCGGCUUCUAGCUACCAGCAGCAGAAGUUGCGUGUAUGUGAGAUUUGCUCUGCGUACCUGGGUAUCCAUGACAAUGACAGAAGAUUGGCGGACCAUUUUGGAGGGAAACUUCACCUUGGCUUUAUCACCAUCAGGGACAAACUAGCAGAACUUAAGGCAACCCAUGCAGACCGCAUCCGUCAGAGAGGGGAAGAGAGGGAGAAGCUACGACAGCGAAGGGACGACGAUCGUGGGAAGGAGGAUAAGGAACGCAGCAGGAGUCGCAGUAGAAGACGGUCUCGCAGUGGGAGCCGGUCACGCAAGAGACGCUCACGGUCCAGGGAAAGGAGAUCAGGGUCUAGGUCUCGCCACUCAAGGAAGAAGUCACGUAGGAGGUCCAGGUCACGCUCCAGGAAGUCAAGAUCAAGGUCAACUAAAAGAUCAAGACGUUCCCGUUCAAGGUCUAGGUCACGUAAGCGCAGAUCCAGGUCAAGGAGUCAUUCCCGUCACAAGAAGUCUCGCAGGCGAUCUCGGUCAUCCUCUAGAUCCAAGAAAGAGAAGGCAGAAGGUGUGGAGAACGGGUCGGACAAGUCGAGCCCGGGCUACCCUGCUAUUGAGGACAUGUGAAUGGACAGGGUGUAUAUUGACAUGAAUACAUGACUAGAUUUGUAUUGUAUAGUUUCUUGUAAAUAAAUCAGUAACAAAACUUGUAUGUAUAAACUAGUGUUAAUAAUAUUCAUGUCUUGACUAAAUUUGAAUUCCACGGGUGUUUAUCUUACAUUUUGUUGUAAAUAAUUCACAUUUGACUCAACUUUAUAUUAACUUGUGUCUCUGUUUUGUUCAAAACCUGCCCCUCUGGAAUGCUUGCGGUAUGACAUGAGUUUUUAGUAUUCAUUGUUUUCAGAUAUGGCUUAUCAUUGGAUUCAUUUUAAGGACAUGUAAAUAUUUAUUUCACUCAUUUCUUUUAGUGGAACUGUAAAGUCAGGUUUUAUCUACAGUGUUUUAACAGUGCUGUAACCUAGGACAUCAUUGUGCUAGCACCAUAAUGGUUUUCUGAGUUUUGAAAAUAAACAUUUGGACAUAA